GCGCAGGUCAAGCCUCUAGAGGAACAAGCAGAAGUCACCCCCGUACUCUCUGACGACAACCCAGAAGUAAAGAAGGAGUCGCAAGUCUUCCCAACAUUGACAAAGGAGGUCAUGAAAUUUGCGACCAUCCUCAAACGUCUAGAAAGAUUCUCUAGCUGGCACAAGGCUAAAACAGCAGUGGAGUUGUGCCUGAGAUACAAGUUACGCGACAAGGCAAGUGGUAAGAACGAUAAACAACCCCCACAGUUUGCAGAGYGUACGUUUAAGAAGAUAGACCAGCCGCUGACAGUUGAAGAGCUGCGUCAAGCUGAAAACAAGAUUAUCAAGCUUGUGCAAGUGACAGCUUAUUCAAACGAGCUGCGAGUUCUACGCUCACUUAAGGUGACCGACGACGAGACGACGAGAGAGAAGGCAAGAAGGCGAAACAAAUCCAUGAAGAAAUGCAGUCAGUUAUACCGACUAGAUCCUUUUGUAGACGCCGAUGGAAUCUUGAGAGUCAGCGGUCGCAUCCGGCGUGCAAAUGUAUCCAAUGAACUCAAACAUCCUAUUAUCCUGCCACGAAAGGGACAUGUUACACAGCUAGUAAUCAGACACCACCACGAGAUAGUCGAACACCAAGGCCGAGGAAUCACGAUGAACCAGAUACGAGCUACAGGCGUAUGGAUUAUCGGUGGGAAUUCUGCCCUAGCGCAGUACCUUUACAGAUGCGUAAAAUGCCGUAAGCUUCGUGGUAGCGUACAAGAACAGCGAAUGGCCGACCUGCCUAUGGAUAGGGUAGAACCCUCGCCCCCGUUUACCUUGUGCGCGGUAGACUAUUUCGGUCCGUGGACAAUAAAGGAAAGGCGCAAGGAAAUGAAGCAUUACGGAGUAUUAUUUACUUGUAUGGCAUCACGCACAGUCCCCCUCGAGACCGCCAACGCAUUGAAUACAGACGCGUUCAUAAACGCAUUGCGCCGCUUUAUCGCCAGACGAGGGCCUGUCAGACAAAUAAGGUCCGACCAAGGAACUAAUUUUGUUGGAGCUAAAGGAGAGCUAAAGGACGCCCUCGAGGAAAUGGAUCAGUCUAAGAUCCACCGGUUCUUGCUAGAGAAAGGCUGUGACUGGACAAGUUUUAAGAUGAACGUACCCGCGGCCAGCCAUAUGGGCGGAGCCUGGGAGAGGCAGAUAAGGACAACCCGCAACGUUCUCAACUCAAUGCUCGAGAACUCUGGACAACAGCUAGACGASGAGUCCUUAAGAACUUUCCUUUGUGAAGCUGAGGCCAUCAUAAACUGCAGACCGUUAACAACAGACACAGUUGGAUCGCCAGACUCACUAGAACCCCUUACACCSAAUCAUUUGCUGACGUCCAAGUCAAGACUGGUAUUACCGCCACCGGGAGAGUUCCAGCUUGCCGACAUGUACCUUAAACGCAGAUGGCGCACAAUACAGUUUCUUGCAAAUGAGUUUUGGAAUCGCUGGAAGGGGGAAUUCCUCCAGUCACUCCAGCAAAGGCAGAAGUGGACUCGUCCCCGACGAAACCUGAGAGUUAAUGACGUCGUCAUUAUAAAGGACGAAGACAUACCCCGUAACCAGUGGCGACUGGGUAGAGUGGAAGAAACGUAUCCUGAUGAAGAAGGAACACUAACGAAGGUCCGACUGGCAGUUGGAAAUGCAAGUACCGAAGGACCCAACAGAAAGGCAAGGACGUUGGAGAGACCCGUGCAGAAACUUGUGCUGUUGGUUGCCCAGGAAGAAUAG